AUGGCCACAACACACACAACAGAUUCGCCUCUUAUACAAGGAGUACCCGUCUGGCAACCGGACGAAGACGCCGAUAAUUGUUGCAUUUGUCAUACUCCUUUUUCUUUGUUCUACAGAAAGCAUCAUUGCCGGAAAUGUGGCAGAGUAGUUUGUGCGGAUUGUUCUUCGCGAUUCACCAAGUACCUGUCAUCAACGUAUGUGGUAUGCCCUCCUUCGCAAAUAUUCUUGGAAUCACCACAUGUUCCGCACAGAACGUGUCGUCCAUGUUAUAACGAGCUGGAAAUGCUUCGCAAUGCACUGGCUGAGGGGAGCAUCCACUCACAGCAGGACGAGCCACCGGCUCCAGCUGCGCCCCAUGGGUACAUCAAGGAUGACUCACGCGUGAGGAGUGUGAGACUGAGACACGGCAACAGCCAAGAGAGCAUUCACACUGGCGAGUCUUUAGCAGAAUCCUCCAGUUCUGCAAGACCCAUUCCUGUGGCCUCAGACGCUGAUGACGGUCUGUGUCCAUUGUGUGCGGUAGAUAUCUCACUGUUGACCGAAGAGGAGAAGGAAGCCCAUAUCAAUGAUUGUUUGACCAAUGCAGAAUUCUCCGGAUCUCCAGAUGCCACCCGGAAGUCGAUGAUCAACAGGAUGUUGGUGUACACCGUACCAAAGACCAGCACAGGUUACAGACCUGGUAAGAGUCCCUCGAGAAACAUUGAUUCUACUAUCUGUGGCAGUGUCAACACGAUAAACCCAGAAACAUCAACAUCAGUGGAAACUAUCACCCAGGCUGAGCCAGCCGGCUCAGCAUCCAGAGAAGGCAGUGCCAGCAUGAUGAGCGGAUACAAGCCCCUUGCUUUCGAUGAGAAGGAGCAGUUCGAAGAGCCCAAACCAGAGGAGUGCGUGAUUUGUCUGGAGGAUAUCAAUCCCGGGGACACUGUUGGACGGUUGGAAUGUCUGUGCGUUUUCCAUUACAAAUGCAUUAUGGACUGGUUCGAACGUAAGGGACCCAAUGAGUGUCCUGUUCAUGCCGUGACCGUUUAG